CGAUAUUCAACAACUACUGUCGAUAACAAUCAUCAAUAUGCCAGCUAUCAACCGAAUUCUGCUAUUGGGCAUCGCAUGUCUCGCAGUGCACAAUACAGGAGUAUAUGGUAGCAAUUACAACACCCAGGCAAAGUACAAUAGUCCUAUCAAGUGCAAGGAUUCACACGUGGGUUGUAGUGGCCAACAAGAGCUUAUUCCGCAGGAAAAUUGCUGCGCUAAGAAUGACUACUGCCAAGACUGGGUUCCUGAGUGCAAUGUCCAUACUUGUUGUGAGGACAAAAAACAUGACAAGCCUAAGACUUGUAAGCAGAGUAAUGUGAAGUGCACGGCUGGUUUCGAACUAAAUGAAGGUGAUGAGUGCUGUGGAAAACAGAAAAGCUGUGCGCCAGGGGUGAAGACUUGCAAUGCCAGCAACUGCUGUGAAAAGAAGAAGUAUGAUGAGCCCAAGAAAUGUAAGGAGUCUACUGUGUCCUGUAAGGAUGGAUUCGAACUGAAUGGAGGCCAGAAGUGCUGCGGAAAGGAGAAGAGCUGUGCCCCAGGGGUGAAGACUUGCAAUGCCAGCAACUGUUGUGAGAAGAAGAAGUAUGAUGAGCCCAAGAAAUGUAAGGAGUCUACUGUGUCCUGUAAGGAUGAUUUCGAACUGAAUGGGGGUCAGGAGUGCUGUGGAAAGCAGAAAAGUUGUGCGCCAGGGGUGAAGACUUGCAAUGCCAGCAACUGUUGUGAAAAGAAGAAGUAUGAUGAGCCCAAGAAAUGUAAGGAGUCUACUGUGUCCUGUAAGGAUGGAUUCGAACUGAAUGGAGGCCAGAAGUGCUGCGGAAAGAAGAAGAGUUGUGCCCCAGGGGUGAAGACUUGCAAUAGCAGCAACUGUUGCGAAAAGAAGAAGUACGAUGAACCCAAGAAAUGCAAAGAAACUAACACCAAAUGCGAUCCUGGUUUUAAGCUGAUUGACAAGCAAGAGUGUUGUGCUAGCAAUGGCGACUGUAAACCUGGAGUACUCAAGUGCAGCAGUUCUACCUGUUGUGAGCGUAUGGGCCCAAUUGAUCCGACAAACAAUUAUUACAAGUGUGGUGAUAUCACGUCUCACAAGUGUAGUAUGGGGUAUAAGCACGACACUGCAUGCUGCCGGUACUCCAACAAAUGUGGUGACUACGCUUCUAUCAAGUGCGGCACUUCUCAUUGCUGCAAAAAGAAAUAUGUCUAG